GGGCCUCGUGUGAGAUGGUCAGGGUGAGGGAGCCGUCCGCUGCAUACUCGAGUUUGUCACGGUCGCCGAUGCAGAAACGGUUGAUGGGGUUCUCGGACAGAUAAUCCGCCGCAUCGUACAGCGUCAGGCUCCAAAAGGCCUAUAGGUCACACAACACCGCACAUACAGGGCGUACAGGCAGGCAGGCAGGCAGGCAAGAUGGACAAGAUGGACCUACCACACAGGCCUCCCUGCCCCACUCCCCCUCCCCACCUGCACUGGCGGUAUGGUGCCGAGUGGGAAGUGCAGCUUGUAGGCCACCAGGGGGGCCUCGGCUCCGUCGACCAACGUCGACAGGGGGCGGCCCUCGCUGUCCGAACGAAGAAUCGGAUACACCGCAUCUUCUCGAAGAUUCGCACCAAAACCUGACCGCACACGCGCAAGGGUGCCGAUCGAUCCAGUGCCGCCUAUCCUGCGUUGGUGCCUUGCUGUGAUACCCUCCCCCCUACCGUACCUAGCAGCGCAAUGAAUGCCCUUGCGUGGUAGUCCUUUCCGUAGCUGCCGAUGGGGUAUGUGUCCUCGGCGUUGAACCAGCCGUUUGAGUGCUGCGGGGCCGGCCCAGGCAGCAUCGGGAUCUUGCCCUUGGCGGCCGGGAUGGCCCCCUCAUCCAGCAGCUUCAACACAUGGUCGGACGGCUUGAAGGCCUCACCGGCGACGAUGCCUGCACGCAGCAGUGGCGAGUGGGUUUUGAUCUGAUCGCCUGUGGGUGGUGUUUUCGCCAUCUAACCGAGUUUCUUGAGGUCGGCUUCCAUUUCUAAAUCCGGCGGGGAUGGGGGAUUGUCCUUCAUCAGCCCUGCCAACGUGUCGAAGAAUGUCGCUGCAGACAUCUCAGCAACCUCCUGCACAUACACACAGACACACACACACACAGACACACAGGCCGCAAUCCAUCAGUCAAUCCCCGACGCACAACCAACCAUCAGUGUGUCCCUCUCUCCCCUUCCUUGUUUCUCACCGACUGACUUACCUUCUUCGGUUCGCCUCCCUUGGAUCCACCGGCAGCAGCAUCGAGUCCCUCGCUGUCCACCUUGCCGCCCACAUACGCCUCCCACUUGGUCAUCCCGAACUGCCUCUGCAUCGCAUUGACCGCCGGUGCGUCGUCGGGGCCGUUGAGCCGCGCCCUGCCGACGAGCCACGCCAUGUUGGUGGGGCAGUCGACGCGCGUGACGUUCUUGGGGGCGCCUGUGAGGGUGCCAUUGAAUGAGGGGCCGCAGAAGCCGAAGUGGCCCUCCUUGUUGCCGGUGGUGCGGGUGCCGAUCGACUCGAAGACGUUGCUCCAGGCGUCCUUCAGAUGCAGACAGACGGCACAUUGGAGAGAUCCGGGUGCGUGUAUGUGUUUCCCUGCCUCUCCCGCACAUAUACACACAUCUCCCUCACCAUGCACUGCACGAUGUAAUAUCUGCCGUUGCUGUCAGGCACCGACACCACCACAGGCUGCCCAUCACUCAGGUCGAGGAAGGCCAUCGAGUAGAGCGUGUCGCAGUUCGGCUUGACCACCUGGGCACACAGACAGACAGACACACAGACAGACAGACAGACAGACACACAGACAGACAGAGGAUAUCAUCACUGUCUGUCACGUGAUCAGCAUGAGAUCUUGUGUACUUGGCGGAAGUUGUGAUCAGGGGUUGCGAAUCGAUGAUGGAACUUGUUGGGCCUUGUGGUCAUCUUGUGUUUGGUGAGCUCCAUCAACACGAGUGGGUACCUGAAUGCACACGCGCUUGCUGUGUGGUGCACGCGGUGCCUCCCUGCCUGCCAGAUCUGUCGAUGCCGCGUACCCAAAGAUGUAGGCGUUCACGCCGAGGCGCACGAUGUCAGUAUCAGAGAGUUCGCUCAU